AGUAAAUAUCAGUCACACAGAAGCAUGAUACAAAAAAAGUACGCGAAUGUUAAUAUAAAUACAAGUAAAAUCAUAUUUUCUAAUUGGAUUUUCCGGAAGUGAAUAAACUCUGAAAUGAAAUUGACGUGUUUUUUAUUAAUAUUUUUCAUUCAGACGUAUCACACAAAACAUGUUUCAGCACUUGGAAGGGCCAUCAGUGUUUUCAAGGAUACCGUUGACAAGAAUUCCUCCAACAAUGGAAAUCCUAAGCUCACACACAGUAAACAAAAACUCCAUAAUUCCGCUUGAAAACAACAGAAAUAUGAUCUAUUACGCAACUAUUUCAAUCGGAAUUCCACCUGUGAAGAUGAAAGUUGACUUUGAUACAGGAUCGCCUUACCUAUGGGUUCUUUCAGCACUUUGUAACAGUCCAACCUGCCCUGUCAACAACACUCGAUAUAACCAUACCUCCUCAAAAACGUAUCAAAAGCAAAAAUCACGAAAAACUCAUACAAUCCUGUAUGGAAAAGGAUGGACGAAAGGAUUUUGGUCACACGAUACGAUCACAAUAAACGGUGUCAAGAUUGCUAAUCAACGUUUCCUCGAAGCCACGAACGUAUCGGCGGUAGACACAAAGCAUCCAUAUGAUGGUAUAAUGGGAUUAGGUUACAAACCGUAUAGGGAUUCCAUAAACGUAAUAUCAAAAUUUUGCCAACAAAGUGAAAUCAAAAGCAGUCAAUUUUCGUUUUACUUUACCCAUAAUGUGUCGGGUAAAAAUGGAGGUGAAUUGAUUCUAUGCGGGACAGAUGAAUCCAAAUACCGAGGUCAAUUGAAUUAUGUCAAUGAAGUCGUCGAAAAAGGAAGUAGAACUAAGCAACAACUCUCAUGGAUAAUUCCAGUACAAAAUAUUUCUAUCAAUUAUGCUGACAAACGUCACACAAAAUUACCUUCACGUAUACCUAUCAGAGCUUUAGUUGAUACCGGAGUAUCCCAUAUUUAUGGACCAAGGCAGUACAUUGAUCCCAUACGCAAAGCUAUAAUACCCCCAGGCAAAAAGGUUAAAUGCGAAGAUUUCCACAAAUUUCCAAACAUAACGUUCAAGAUUGGCAGCGAAGAUUACGUACUUACAGGGAAAGAUUACUUAAUACAGCUUGAAGUGGGACACUGCGUGAUUGGUUUGGCUCACAUUGAAACACCUCAGUUUGAAUGGAUUUUGGGAGACGUUUUCCUCAGGAAGUAUUAUUCUGUGUUUGACGCGGAAAAUCACCGAGUUGGGUUCGCCGAAAGCAUACACAAUUAAAUAUUUUCAACCUGCUUUCAGUUCAAGCAAUACCUGCAUAAUUUUAUGCUCCAUUAGAAUUAAAAAGUAUCGUAAAAAAAUGUCGAAAGGGUGUUGAUCAAAUUCAGUGGAGACUUUUAAUUUGAGAUGAAAGUUACAUAGGUACUAACAAAAAUUUUUGUACCAAACAGAAGUCUAUGGAAAGAGAACCUCAAAAUACACCACCAGCCAAUAUUUCAGGUGCUGAAAUUCAUUUUUUCGAUUUUAGGCGAAUUUUUGGAAAUUCAAAGAGUAAGAAAUUUGAAAAAAAUCAAAAUUUUAUCAAAUUGACGUAGAAAGCAGAAAUUUAACGAUAAUCCUAUUUUUGACCUACCGAGUCGAUUGGUGAAGGUUUCGAACUACUCUGGAGCCUCCAGCGGAUUUAGAAAUUUCAUUUCAAAAUUAAUGCUGGAGAAAAAUACAUACCUAUUUUGAAAAUAUGCAUGUAAAUCGAUCAAAUCGGUCACUAAGAUGGUAAAAAUCCAAAUUCAUUGACGAUCAAGUUCAUUUUUUACCCAACUUGAAGCGUAUUUUCAAAACCUGGAGAAUCAGAAAAUCCGUAGGAGGCUCCAGAACGAUUUGAAAUCAUCACCAAUCGACUUGAGAGGUCAAACAUGGAGCACAAAUCAAAUUUCAGCUCUGUACGUCAAUUUCAUAAAAUUUUGAUUUUUUUCUCAUUUUUGAAUAAAAAAAAAGAAAGAAAAAAAUGUUGACUAAAAUUUUCAAAAAUUUGCCAAAAAUCGAAAAAUGAAAUUUUGGGUUAGGUUAGGAUAGUUUCCUUAUAAAGAAAAAUUUCACCACCGAAGCAUUUUCGAAAAAAUCGUGGUUUUCUUGCUUCAGAAAAAUUAGCACAGUUGUGUUCCAAAAUAUUUCUCCAGAUUCAGAAAUGAUAUCCCACGAAAUUUUGGCGCAAUAAUAUUUGAGAAGAAAAAAUCUUCAAAACACGAUUUCCCUCGAAAAUAAUCGAACCCUAAAAGUGGUCUUGGAUUUUGAUUAGAGAUAGCUGAAGUCGAUACAGGAAUCUCAAAUUAUGUCUUCUGGAACUAGACCAUUUUUUACAAAACAGGGCUGGAGAGAAAAAAGCCACAAUUUUCUCAAAAAUUCCUCUGUUUGAGAACCCACAUCUUUCUUCCAGGAGCGUCUCGGAAGCUAAGAAUUUAUCGGGGUGACUUUCGAUUCAAAAUAAAGGUUUCCGUUGAAUUUGGUCAAGAUCUUCCUGUUUGUUUUUUUCACGACCCACCCUCAUCAUAAGUCAUAAGCUUGUUACCAAUUUUUACCAAUAUCUCGAUUGUAAUUUUCAGUAAGCGUUGUAUCGUAUGUGCAUAUUUUCAAGCUUCAUGUGAUCUAUUUUGUCGUUUUGAACGUUGAAAUGACGUGAUCACGUUAAUAAAAAUUAUUUCCAUACUUCA